AUGAAACAAUUUAAAUGCAAUCUUCCUGGAUGCGAUCUUGAAUACAGCACAAAGUAUAAUUUAAAUCGACACAUAAGAGUAUUCCACGUAGGAGUAAGAUACAGAUGUGAUGAAUGUGGGCAGCUUUUAUCUUCUGCACAAAAUUUACAAGACCAUAUGUAUGUCCACACAGGAGAAAAACCAUAUAUUUGCAAAGCUAAAGGGUGCGGAAAGCGAUAUAGCUCAUACCCCUUUAUAGAUUUCUUUAUCGAGCAAAAUGUACUGGAUUAUUGAACGACCAAGAGAGACUCUAUUAAAGGAACGAGCUGGAUAUCUAUAUCAGGAAGUGCUAAAAAGUGACAUGUCAAAAAAAUGGGUGACAAGUCUGAAAAAAGUUGACAAGUAAACGCGCCAAUUUUUAAAAAUGGAUUUAUUAUUAAAAUAAAUUUAAAACUUAAGAUAUUUUAAUUUUAAUCAAUAUUUAAUUAUGCUAAGUAUUUCUCAUAUGAGUCGAUAAGAACUUUGCAUAUAUUUAAAAUCACAAGACACGCACUUCGCAAAUUAUAGUUUUAGUCUUCAUAAAUAAAUUAGCAUAAAAUAAAGAAAUUCUAUCGAGCCGGAAAAAUGCACAUUGAGUUGCAAAUUUUUGAUUUUAACUUAUAAGCCAUAUUUAAAUUUUGCUAAGUACUUCUCAUAUGAGUCGGUAAGAACUUUGUAUAUAUUGAUAUUAAAUUUUUGCUAACUCCCCCCCCCCCUCCGUGAGCGAACAAAAAAAUUUUGUUCGCUCACGGAGGGGGGUUUAAUUUUUUUUUUUUAAAAAAAAAUUUAUAUAUAAAUUUUUAUAAAAAAUAUUUUUUUCGAAAUUUAAAAAAAUCCUAAUUUGCAAAAAUUGGGAAGCAAAUAUUAAUUUAAUUUGCAAAAUUUAUGUUUUAAAACGCAAUUUGUUUAAAAUUAAACAGAAUUAGCUCUAGAUUUCAUUAUACUAAUUAUCACUUAUAUAUCAAAAUUUUUUUUCCAUUAAAAUUUUUUCUAUUAAAAAAAUUUUUGUUCACUCACGGAGGGUGGGUUUUUGGUCAAAAAAUGGCGAUUUUUCUAAUGUUUUGUUUCGCUCACGGAGGGGGGGGGGGAGUAAGUACUUCUCAUCUUAGUCGAUAAGACCUUCUUAUGUAUUGAAAUACACAAGCCACGCACUUUGCAAAUUAUAGAUCUAGUCUUCAUAAAUAAAUUAGCAUAAAAUAAAGAAAUUCUAUCGAGCGGAAAAAUGCACAUUGAGUUGCAAAUUUUUGAUUUUCACUUACGAGCCAUAUUGAUUUUUGCUAAAUACUUCUCAUAUGAGUCGAUAAGAACUUCUUAUAUAUUGAGAAUCACAAUCCACGCGCUUUGCAAAUUAUAGCUCUAGUCUUCAUAUAUAUAAAUUAGAAUAAAAUAAAGAAACUCUAUCGAGCUGGAAAAAUUCACAUUGAGUUGCAAAUUUUGAUUUUCACAGCUAUUAUUAAAUUUAAAUAUAUAUAAAUCAAAAUAUUUAAAGCCAAUAUAUAAUGUGUAAUUAUAUCUUCUGUAUAAUUGAGUAUCUUAAGUUUUAAAUUAUUUUAAUAAUAAAUCCAUUUUAAAAAUUGGCGCGUUUACUUGUCAACUUUUUUCAGACUUGUCACCAUUUUUUGACAUGUCACUUUUUAGCACUUCCUGAUAUAGAUAUCCAGCUCGUUACUUUAAUAGAGUCUCUCUUGGUCGUUCAAUAAUCCAGUACAUUUUGCUCGAUAAAGAAAUCUAUAAAGGGAUAUAAGCUAUAUAGACAAGUGAGCCAGCUGUCAGUCCAUAAGAGAAAACACAUGAAAGCCUGCGUUCCAAGAAAAAAUUUCAUUAUAGACUGGAAAAUCAAACUUUUUAUUGAUGAAAAACCAAUGAUCUUUGAAAUUCCAUCAGGACCAUAUAAAUUGGAAGACAUCAAAUUAAGUCCAAUAUUUUGUUAA